GAACCCAUUCAUAAACAUAAAUAAGAAAAAGAAAAAGUGAAAGUAGAAAAAUGGGAAAGGUAACUAGCUUAGCAUUGUUCAUGAUCAUAUUAGCGGUAAUUGUGAUAGAAGGCGAAGCAAAAUCGGCGAUAGAAUGCAAUAAGAUUUGUCGACAGCAUUGUCAACGUUCAUCACCGGCGUCAGAAUGUGUGGCUUGUCUUAAAAAAUGUUACGAAACUCCACCAGUUCAAGUUAGAACUGGGAACUCUGUCAUGGAGUAUGAAGAAGAAAAAUAUCAAUAAAGAAUGUUGUUUGUUUCGAUUAACUUAAUAUAAAAGAUAUACAUGAUUAUAUAGAUGGAGAGUAAUCGAGAGAUUUUAAUAUUUUAAUGUACCUGUUUAGUAAUAAGAUGAUAAAAUAUAUAUUUGU